AGUUGAGCUGAUCUAAAUGACACUUUGUCAUUGAGUGAUGUGUGCAGUAUGUGACUGUGGCAGUGUUGACUAAAGUGGUACCCUCAUUCAAUGUUUUGAAUUUGAAUCAUUUUGAAAACUGUGGCGGAAUGGGUGUCCUACUGCAUAGCGAGGAGUUCGAAGAAUGCUCUCUUUUCAACGACAACUCUGAACUUUCGAAACAUCAACAACUGUCCACCAAGAACCAGGAGGUUAUUUCUGCCAAAGUCGACUUAUUGACCAAGCUCUUUCUUCAACUUUUCCCUCUGGAUCAAGCUCUUGAUCACUCUCAGCUCGGGAAAUUGAAAUUUGAAAGAGAUGAAUUGAUAUCGCAAGUAAAUAAAUGUCAGAACGAUUCUGAUGUGUUCCUAAAGAAAAGCCAAGAACUUCUUGAUGUAGUCGCUGACAAGCGCAAUGAAUGCCAGUGCUUAUCUGAUCAUUUGGGUUUGAUGAAAUCUGAAGUUGCUGAACUAACUCGAGAUUCAAAGCAACAGCAAAGUAAAUAUAGAUUGGCUCUAGACUCUUUCAAACUAGGAAAGAAAAAGUACAAGGAUAUGCUUGGAUGCCAUGUGUCCCUUCUUCAUGCCAAUGGUGAAAAUAUUGAGUUUCUCUUAUCCUACAAUAAAACUCGCCCGCUGUCUUUGGACCCAAUCCCUUCCAACUCAAUCAAAUUCCUAUUUAAUGCAACUAAGAAAACAUGGAAAGUUUUAGAGUCAAAUCCUACUUUGGAUAACUUCGAGCAGUUGGCGCUGAAGCUUGAUGAAUCACAAGACAUUCUGCAGUUUGUGGCUCAUCUACAACCAAAGUAAUCGCUGGCUGAGUUAAACCAACCAAGGUACAUUCAUUAUGCAGUGAACUUCUAGAGGUUUCUGAAAUUAGUGAAACCUUUUCUUAAAUCAAUUUGAUGCCAUUUGUAUUUGAGGGAAAACUACCAGUUUUUAAAUGUGGUGUCUUGCAGUACAUGCGUGGGGGAUGAUUAUGAACUCAUUUUAACAAUUUUAAAACAAUGUUAUAUUUAUAAAUUCUUACACUUAAAGGUUUUUAAAAUUAUUAUGUACAGAAUAGGUUGACCAAGGUGUUCCCUGUGCACAUUUCUCUUUCUUUCAUUCAAUGAGAUUCCUACCAAAAAUAUUUUUUUUUUUUUUUAGUAUUGAGCAUGAAAUGUACAAAUGAUUUCACUAGAUUUAUUUUUAACAAUGGAUACUUUUUCAAAGUAAUACACAUAAAUUCAUUA